CUCCCCGGAGAAGCAAGGCGGUGAUGCGGGAGCGGGCGGCCCCGGCGGCGGCGGCGGCGGCGGCGCGGAGAGCCCGAGCGGACGAGACCCAGGCUCAAGAUGGCAGAUUCCGACUGAGUUUGGGGGGGCCGACGUCUCGCUUCGCUUUCUCCUUUCCGUUGCCAUGAAUAACGGACAUCCUGGCCCCGAUGGCCCCCAUGUACGAAGGUAUGGCCUCACAUGUGCAAGUUUUCUCCCCUCACACCCUUCAAUCAAGUGCCUUCUGUAGUGUGAAGAAACUUAAAGUGGAACCAAGUUCCAACUGGGAUAUGACCGGGUACGGCACACACAGUAAAGUCUACAGCCAGAGCAAAAACGUUCAGCCCUCACAACCAGCCGCCACUACCGUCAGCACCUCCCUGCAAAUCCCCAACCCCAGCCUACCUUACGAACAGACCAUCAUUUUUCCAGGAAGCACUGGGCACAUCGUAGUAACAUCUGCAAGUAGCACUUCUGUCUCUGGGCAAGCCCUUGGUGGACCACAUAACCUGAUGCGUCGAAGCACUGUGAGCCUUCUUGACACCUACCAAAAAUGUGGACUCAAGCGUAAGAGUGAGGAGAUUGAAAAUACAAGUAGUGUGCAGAUCAUUGAAGAACACCCACCCAUGAUUCAGAAUAAUGCAAGUGGGGCCACUGUAGCCACUGCCACCACAUCUACUGCCACCUCCAAAAAUAGUGGCUCCAACAGUGAAGGUGAUUAUCAGCUAGUCCAGCAUGAGGUUCUCUGCUCCAUGACUAACACAUAUGAAGUCUUAGAGUUCCUUGGUCGAGGGACAUUUGGACAAGUGGUCAAGUGCUGGAAACGUGGCACCAAUGAAAUUGUUGCUAUCAAAAUCUUGAAGAAUCACCCAUCUUAUGCCCGGCAAGGUCAGAUUGAAGUGAGUAUUCUGGCCCGAUUGAGUACUGAAAGUGCAGAUGACUACAACUUUGUCCGAGCUUAUGAGUGCUUCCAACAUAAAAACCAUACCUGCUUGGUCUUUGAAAUGUUAGAACAGAACCUCUAUGACUUCCUGAAGCAGAACAAGUUUAGUCCCUUGCCCCUCAAAUACAUCCGCCCUGUCCUCCAGCAGGUAGCCACAGCCCUAAUGAAAUUAAAGAGCUUGGGUCUCAUCCAUGCAGACCUCAAGCCAGAGAACAUUAUGCUGGUUGAUCCAUCCAGACAGCCAUACAGGGUUAAGGUCAUCGAUUUUGGUUCAGCUAGCCACGUGUCAAAGGCUGUAUGUUCUACCUACCUUCAGUCCAGAUAUUACAGAGCACCUGAAAUUAUCCUUGGUUUACCUUUUUGUGAGGCAAUUGACAUGUGGUCCUUGGGUUGUGUCAUUGCAGAGCUAUUUUUGGGCUGGCCUUUAUACCCAGGAGCAUCAGAAUAUGAUCAGAUUCGAUAUAUUUCACAAACACAAGGUUUGCCAGCAGAGUAUUUAUUAAGUGCAGGAACAAAGACAACAAGGUUUUUCAACCGUGAUACAGACUCACCAUAUCCUUUGUGGAGGCUAAAGACACCAGACGAUCAUGAAGCAGAGACAGGGAUUAAGUCGAAGGAAGCAAGGAAGUACAUUUUUAACUGUUUGGAUGACAUGGCACAGGUGAAUAUGACCACAGAUCUGGAAGGAAGCGACAUGUUAGUGGAAAAAGCUGACCGACGAGAGUUUAUAGACCUAUUGAAGAAGAUGCUGACCAUCGAUGCAGAUAAGAGGGUCACGCCAAUCGAAACCCUGAACCAUCCUUUUGUCACCAUGACACAUUUGCUUGAUUUUCCCCAUAGUACACAUGUCAAGUCUUGCUUCCAGAACAUGGAGAUUUGCAAACGCCGGGUGAAUAUGUAUGAUACAGUGAACCAGAGUAAAACACCUUUCAUCACCCACGUGGCCCCCAGCACAUCUACCAACCUAACCAUGACCUUUAACAACCAGCUGAACACUGUCCACAACCAGGCCACCAACCUGGCUCCCACCUCCACCAGUGCCACUAUUUCCUUAGCCAAUCCCGAAGUCUCCAUACUAAACUACCAAUCUACACUCUACCAGCCCUCAGCGGCAUCCAUGGCUGCAGUGGCCCAGCGGAGUAUGCCCCUGCAGACUGGAGCAGCGCAGAUUUGUGCCCGGCCUGACCCCUUCCAGCAAGCGCUUAUCGUGUGUCCCCCAGGUUUCCAAGGAUUACAAGCCUCCCCUUCAAAGCAUGCUGGUUAUUCUGUGCGGAUGGAGAAUGCAGUUCCAAUUGUCACUCAGGCUCCAGGAGCUCAGCCUCUCCAGAUCCAACCAGGGCUACUUGCACAGCAGGCCUGGCCAAGUGGGACCCAACAAAUUCUGCUUCCCCCAGCCUGGCAGCAGUUGACUGGAGUGGCCACACAUACCUCAGUGCAGCAUGCAACUGUAAUUCCUGAGACUAUGGCAGGGACCCAGCAGUUGGCAGACUGGAGGAACACGCACGCGCACGGAAGCCACUACAACCCCAUCAUGCAGCAGCCGGCGCUUUUGACUGGCCACGUGACCCUCCCGGCGGCCCAGCCCUUGAAUGUGGGCGUGGCCCACGUGAUGAGGCAGCAGCCCACCGGCACGACGGCCUCGCGGAAGAACAAGCAGCACCAGACAGCAGCCAGAAACGUGUCGGCCUAUGAGGUUUCCUCCUCCCAGACCAUCACUUCUCCUCAGCGGUCCAAGCGAGUCAAAGAGAACACACCUCCCCGCUGUGCGAUGGUGCACAACAGCCCCGCCUGCAGCACCUCUGUCACGUGUGGCUGGGGCGACGUGGCUUCCAGCACCACCAAGGAGCGCCAGCGGCAGACAAUUGUCAUCCCUGAUACCCCCAGCCCCACAGUCAGCGUCAUCACCAUCAGCAGUGACACAGAUGACGAAGAAGAACAGAAGCACGCCCCCACCAGCACUCUCUCCAAACAAAGAAAAAAUGUCAUCAGCUGUGUCACGGUUCAUGAUUCUCCUUACUCUGAUUCCUCCAGCAACAACAGCCCCUACACCAUGCAGCAUCGAACAGGCCACAAUGCAAACACCUAUGACCCCAAGGGGGCGCUGGAGAGCCACUGCAGCGGGAAUCCCCGAACUAUUAUUGUGCCGCCCCUGAAAACCCAGGCCAGCGAGGUGUUGGUGGAGUGUGAUAGCCUGGUUCCAGUCAAUACCAGUCACCACUCAUCCUCCUACAAGUCUAAGUCCUCCAGCAUCGUGACCUCCACUAGUGGUCACUCUUCAGGGAACUCGUCUGGAGCCAUCGCCUAUAGGCAGCCGCGGCCAGGACCACAUUUCCAGCAACAGCAGCCUCUUAAUCUCAGCCAGGCCCAGCAGCACAUCACCACGGAUCGAGCCGGACCUCACCGGCGCCAACAAGCCUACAUCACUCCUACAAUUGCUCAGGCUCCGUACUCCUUUCCGCACAACAGCCCCAGUCACGGCACAGUCCACCCUCACCUGGCUGCUGCUGCCGCCCACCUCCCAACCCAGCCUCACCUCUACACCUACACCACCCCUGCGGCUUUGGGCUCCACCGGCACCGUAGCCCACCUUGUGGCCUCCCAGGGCUCUGCUCGCCACACCGUGCAGCACGCUGCCUACCCAGCAAGCAUUGUUCACCAAGUCCCUGUUAGCAUGGGGCCUAGAGUCCUGCCCUCACCCACCAUCCACCCAAGUCAAUAUCAAGCUCAAUUUGCCCACCAGACCUACAUCAGCGCCUCUCCGGCCUCCACCGUCUACACUGGAUACCCAUUGAGCCCUGCCAAGGUCAACCAGUACCCUUACAUAUAAAUACUGGAGUAUGGGAGGAGGGUGAAGAGAGAAAGGUUUGAAAGAAGGGAGGGGAAGAAAGGAGAAGGAGAGAGAAAGGGAGCACCUUGGAUUGAAAUGGGAGCGAGGCUGCUUUUUAUACAGGAGGAUGCAGCUCACAAACAAUGCAAAUGGGGCCGGGGAGACAGAGGAGAAAGGUAAGGAAGUGAGAGUUAGGGGCUGUCAGUGAAACUUGAACAAGGAAGUAGAAGGAGAGGACAGAGGAAAGACAUUUUGAAAAAAAGAAGGGACUGAGGAGGGGAAGUUAUUCUAUGCUUUUUAUUUUUAAAAAGAAAAAGAAAAAAAAAAAGAAAACAAUAACAACAACAACAAAAAAACCCCACAGAAUCAUGUAUCCAUUCUGCACCAAACUGGAGAGGAGAAGAGAGCACCAGGAAGAUCCCAGAAUUUGGGGGCCCCAGUUUUUAAAGAACUUUAUCUAUAGACUUUUGAAAGAUUAUUUUCAUAUGACAGCAAGUGACAUUUGAAGUUGCUGUCAGAGACACCUGAAACCGAAAUCCAAUAGGUUUUUAAUCAAUUGAACAUAAUAAGAAAAAGGGAUUUUUCCAGAACUCUGAAGGGCCCACAGCCCUCCUGUGCAUCUGGCUGUGAUCCAAGGGCAUUGAUAUGUAAUCGUUAUUUUGGGGAUGGAGAAAAGAGGGUGAGGGUGAAAGUGAGGCAAGAUAUAAGAGAGGGGCAGUCGGGGCUUCUCAUUGCCUUGGAGUCAAAUUCAUGCCCUUGUGUUUGGCCAGCUGGUAGAUGAUCUGUAGAGGGUCUAAUUUUCCCUUCCGGGCAUUCUGGAUCAAUCCCUAAACAAUGUUAUUCCUAAAAUGUCAUUAAUAAUGUAUGUUGAAAUUCUGAGUUUUCUUUUCUGUUGUUUUCUUUUCACUUUGAAUCCCUAGCCAUGUAGGAGGUAGCAGAAGUUUUAGCCACCCCCCUCCCUCCCCACCUCCACAUAGGAUGUAGCACUGUAGCCCUUUUUUUCUUACUUUGUGUUCAACUUCAGUGAUACCAAUAGAUUUAUCUUCAAUGUGAUUGCACAAAAAAGUGAUAUAACAUAGGCAUGUAACAAAUGUGAUUGUCUAGGUUUGUGUGUGAGAGCGUGUGUUGAGCGUGUGUGAGCGUGUGUGAGCGAGAGACCAGAGAGCUGGUGCUGCCUUCUCUCUGCAAUGCGUUCCUCGGCACAGCCAUUACAACUGUCACAGUCUUAGUUUUACAUCAUUCCCUCCUAGUGCCUUACCAAAUUACAGACGUGCUGUAAGGGUUUACUUCCACUGGUACUCUUAGAAACUGCCUGAGGCUAGUCAGACUAGAAUCCCAGCCCUCCUUUUUUGCUGUAAUCUGGCUCGGGCUUUUUCUUCUUUUACUCCUAAUCCUUAUUUUCUUGUGGCCAGUUGUCCUUCCCACUUUCCGUGUCAGGGAGGCUUCGCAGGGGCUGCAGGAUUUGCCCAUGUGGCUUUGGAGGAUUGGGUAGGAGCAGCAGCCGACUCAGAACAGGACUUUGGGCCAGGUUCUCAUGUGUUGGCCGGACGAAUGAGGCAUUCCCGCCUUCCCAGGGACUUGGAGGCUGUAGGCCCUUUAGAAGUGAGGAUCUUCAGCAGCUUACUGUCUGCAAAUGGGGAAAAUGGAGCCACUCAUUGGGAGAGUAGGGAUAUCUCACCAGAAGUCAGGCCAGCCUAGGGAUGAGAGAAGACCCUACAAAUUCUGGGUGCUCUUGGCCCCUCCCUUCAUUCCUCCUUUCUCUAUGCUUGCCCUGGGAAUUCAGAGUCCGGACCAAGAGUCAGAUGGUCCAGUUUCUCCUCCUGGUUUUUCUACUACGCACUCUGUGACUUUGGCUGGGCUGGCCAUCCCUUUGGGCCUCAGUUUUCUGGCUAGAUGGUCCCCAAGGCCCCUCCCAGUUCUCCUGUUCUGUGAUUCAGUCUCUUGGCCCCUCUGCAGUUCCCACACCCGGCUUUCCUCCUGUCAUCACUUUAUCCUUGCACUAUUCCCAGACCCUGCUUGUCUGGCUUCUCCCCUCUUCACCUCCAUGGAAAACCACCAGCCUAGACAUUUUGCUGCUAAAUUCUUUCCUCCAAUUCCCUAAUUUUCUUUGAGUCCUGGUUUGCAGGAAGUUUUUUGGGGGAAGAGGAGUUCCAUAUGAACACCCCAACCUCACUGUUGUCAUAAAGUCCUUUGCACUGCUGCAGGGUCACUUCAAGCAAUAUCUAGUAGGCGCUGAUAAAUGUACUGAAAAUGUCUUGAGGGGCUGGGAAUUCAGGUUAAGAAAACAUCCUCCUCAAGCAGAGAGAACCUCUCAGAAUUUGAUUAAUGGAGACAAAAAGCAAUAUCCUGCUACUGAUAGGCCCUUUCAAAAUUCUUUCCAGACCUUUGAUUGAAGGUGACUCUGAAUUCAAGUUUCAAAAGUAUAAAGAAGUAAUUGAAAGAAAUCCCAGAUUUUACUUUGGGGAUACAGUGGGAACUUGGACUUGGAAGUCAGGGAGGUGUGAAUUCAAAUCCUGCCUCAGAUUUUACCUGUGGCCUGAGCAAAUCACUUUACUUCUUCCUGCUUGCGUUUCCUCCUCAUCUGUAAAAUGAGAUUGGAUUCAAUGGCUUUCAAGGUCCCUUCCAGCUCUAAAUAUAUGAUCCUUUGACCUCUAUGUCAUAUUUUCUUAAUCCCCCUUUGCUCUCACCUCUACAUCCCUCCCCAGCUCUGCAACUCUAGACUUGCCCAGAUAAUCUUCUGCAAAUAGUGUUUCCUUAAUGAUGACUUAGUUUCAUCUCAGUAAAGUUGUUAAUUUAGUUCUUAAUUGCAAAGGAACUCUGGAAACUUCCCUCACUCCUUCCCCACACAUCUUAGAAAUUUUACAAAGAACAGUCUCUCCCGAUGGAGGAGUAAACAGCCCUGACAGAAAUGAGUAUAAGAUUAGACCACAUUCCCCAGGGACAUAUCUGAAAGAACAUUUUUACCCCUUUGUGGCCCUGUACACCAUCUAAGCCUGAGCAAUAUUUGUUGUCUGACCUGAAGCGUUAGGCGGAAUGUGAAAUAGAACUGGGAAAGUGCUUGCAGCAGGGAUCGGAUUUACUCUUACCUUAUACCACAGUACCACUCACCCUCAUUUAGGACAAAGGGAUUGAAACACAGCCUCAGUGAAGAAGGGAGCUCUCCCAUAGUCACAUGACCUUGAAAGAUCAGUCUGCAGUUGCAUAUAUGUGAGUUAUCCAACAGUAGCAUUCUUCCCAGAUGCAAAAGUGUCCAGCAACUAACAAAUAAAACUCAAGUUGGCCAUGUUAGUUUCUUGGGAAUCUCCAGAAGACAUCAUUCCAAUACCGACUUCACUAAAAUCAAAACAUUCUGGUUUUCCUGGGGACAAAAGCACCUUCUCUAUUAAAGAGAUAAAAAAAAAAAAAAGGAAACUGUUCAUAUCCAAAAUUUCCUGUUCUUUUUCCCAUUUCCUCUCUGUUUCUUCUUCUCUUGUCACACUUCCCCUUCAGGUCAGCACUGAAAAUUUAGUGCGAUUUAUAUACUCAAGGAGGGUCACCAUUAUUUUAUUGUAAUUGUGACUACUAUUAUAAUGCUGAUAUUUAGCUUGAGUUUUAAUUUCCUCCAUUCCAGCUUCUUGAUGAAUGUUUUCUUCUUUAUAUUUUAACUGUAUCAUUUUAUGGUAUUUGAAUGGGAUGAAGGCUAUCAGAGCGUCUAAUCACGCGAAACAAAAAAGAACCAAAUACAGAACAUUGACUAGGAACAACAGGUAGGACUUUGAUUUUCUUUUCAUCUCUGUUAUUCUAGAAUCUUCCAGUAAUAUCUGUAUUGGACAGGACAGGAAUGAAGUACAGAAGACAUAGAAGCUAGCUGUAUUCCAUACUUUGCACAUAACUUCCAUUGGUUUGGGAACCAAUUUUUUGAAUUGAUAUUUCAUUGGUUGAAUGAUUGGACCUGAAACCUUGAUAUAAUUCUCACCACCUUCCCUGCUCUUACCUCCAUUUCCAAACCUCACUGCCCUCCUCAGUUCUUUCCUAACCUCCUAAUUGACCUAAAAGCCCUAUUUAGCUUUCAGAAUAAAGUACCCUAGCUCUGAAAAUUACUGUGUAUAAUAAGUUGCCGUGAUGGUCAGGUAAUCGUAACCACUAUAAGCUCCUAGAGGGAUGAGAAGAAAAAAUGGGAAAUAUACCUUUUCCCAGGGGAAAAGUCCCCUUUCUCUCCGUGUCCCCCUUCACUUUACACACACUUAUACAAACCCUUCUUCAACCACUUAUUCCCCUUUAGGUACACAGUCCCAGGGAUGCUCCACUUAGGAUACAGGCAUACAAACACAUGUGAAGAGUUAGCCAUUUAAAUAACCACAGAUAAUACCUGAGCCCAAAAGCCUUUGAAGAGCCAAAAGUUAUUUAGAUGUGAUGGGUCAGAUCUCAUGUGAAAUCAUUGAGUAGGACUAUAAUAAUGUUUCCUACAAUCAUCAGCAUCAUCAUAAAUAUUUAUGGAACAACCUAAUCUCAAUACACCAUAUAUAUUCCUUUAAAAAAAAAAACAAUGUUUUAGGUACCACAUAUUCCAUAUUCUUGGGUAAGGAUAAAGGAUUUAAAUAUCAGAUAUCUAUUAGCCUGAUAACACCUCCUAUGAAACCUUUAAUCCAGAAUCCCAAAUAAAAAAAUUCUGAAUCUAACCCAACAUAGCAAUAACCAUGUUUCCAAUUCAGCAUCCUCCCCUCAAUCUCUAGCCCUGUACUUUUAGCACUGAACUUCUUUGGCAGUUUGAAAAAGGUAAAUAGGCUUCUCUCUCCCUAAGAACAGGAAUUUUGAGUACAGAACUUCUUCCUGCUAUGUCCCUUAUCUAUUUCACAAAAUUGUUGGUUUACCUAGAACAACAUACCAAUCUUUAGCAGAAUUUUUCCUUCCUGUUUGGUGGAAACAUGUAAAGAACAAGGCAAGAAGGGGAGAAAAAUGAGUAUCAUGAUUUGUCUUCUGCAGGUGAAUUUGCUUCUGGUUGAUUGGUUUCUUUUGGCCCAUGUGGAUGAUUACACCUGUCUCUGUGACUAGAUCCUCUUUCAUGAUAUGACAGCUGUUUCCAGGAAAGGCAGGGAGGGGUAAGCAGACUGAUGUGAUGGUGGUGGAAUCUGAGGCACAGUGCCAAUUAAGGUUGCAAAGUGGAGCGUUGUGGUACUUCUAAUACUGAGGGGAAAGAAAGGCCGGAUCAAAUUGAUGUUUGUAAUAGUGACAGGCAAUCAGUAUGGACUCUAUUUGCUUUUCUAGCCCUACUGGAGAGAAGGAUUUUUUAAGGGUAGGGAAAAGAUCUGGGCUUUUUCCUCUUUUCAGGGAAAGACCCAAGCCGUUAAAAAUGCAGGACCAUUGGCCAUAAGGAAGGGAUGGUUGUGAUAGUAGCAAAAACGAUGGCUAUAUCUUGAAUUGACCUCUGGAGUUGAAAAUUGAAAACAUUAUUGAAUAAGAUUAUGGUAGACAUUUCAGGGUGUGUGACUGUGCGUGUGUUAGUGUGCAUGGAGCAGGCUUUACUUGGAAACUGGAGGGAAGGAGAUGAAGAGAUUUAAGGAAGUAUUCUUGGUGGUCCAUGUUGGAUAUAGACUGGAAGCAUCCCUUGUCCCCAUUCUUUGCUUCCUGGUAGCAAGGGGAGGGAAAGGAGGGGAUGUGUGCAAACAUAGCUUCUCUUACUAGCCUGUCAGACAGCUGUUGUGAAAGAAAAAGACAGAAAGACAAGAAGGAAAUAGGUAGGUGGCCUCUGCUCCAGAUGGGAAUUCAGUGGAAGAACAGAAGUUUGUUCUGUAACUGGAGUUUGGGACUUCAUUACCCCAUCGCACUCGUGAUUUUGUCAUGAAACAUUCCAGCACAGGGACACUUUCAGUGCUUGUUUUUGUUUGUUUCUUUCCUUUUCUUUGUGAUAAAUUUCAGAAGGCGUAGCCUAAAAACUGGGCACAGCAGAAAUCCCAUUACCAAACUUGAAAGGAAGAUGAAAAUCUUCAUUUCCUUAGCCAAAGAAACCUUUGCAGAACCAUCAUCAUGUGCAGACAGAAUAAUGUUCCUGUCUUUCUUUUACAGGCAAUAAUAACAUCGUUAAAGACCAAAUUCCUUUUUUUUUUCUCUUUCUCUCCCUCCCCUGAUUUGUAAGAUGUUUUGUUGUGGGGAUUUUUGUCACAUUCAUUUCAAAACCACACUCACCUAAUAAAGAAAUAUGAAGAUUAGCAACACUAAAUACUGCUGCUAUCCCAAACUGUGAGCAUACUGUAAUAAUACUGGGGCUGAAGCUUUUCCCAAGAUUAUAUCCAACAUGAAUUUAAAUAAACAUUCCCUGUGGUUGGAAACCAAUAUUAGGAGCAUCAAAUGAAACUGGAAACUGUUUGGCAUAAUUCAUCCUUGCUAGUCCACUUGGAUGCCUUAGAACUCACAUUUAGUCUCUAUAGAAGAGUUCCAGUAAUAUCUCAGUCAGGGACCUAUGGAAUUGGAAGAACAUGCAGGAGUGUGGAGAUUCAAAGGAAGCACUUUAAAGUCUUAGUUCUCCACUAAUUGAUAACCAUUGAGAGUGGGGGUGGGAGUGCCUAAAUGCUUCCUACUACUCCUAGGUGUCUAAGAAAGAGAUGCCCCUUUCAGAUGUGAAGAGAUGUGCAGGGAAGUGAGUGGGGAAGCUGUGUCCUUGGAAGAAGGCACAGCUAGAUUUUGCCUCCGCGGUCAUGGUCUUUCUACCUCCCCUUGCAUAAUUCCUCCAUGAAUCUUUGACAGCCUCUGCUCUCAAGCCACCACUUUGGAGAAUUAACUUUAUUAAUCUCUAUUUAAAAAAAAAAGAGUCCUCCAUAUCCCCCAAGCAGUGACCUUGUAUAUGUACAGUCACAGAAUAUGGUGAAGAAAAACCCAAGGUUCUUGAGGUGAUGGAGCAGAGCUGUUGUAAAUCAGGACAUUGGAAUGUGGGGGUGAGGAUAGAGGUGGGCAUGGGGGAGGGAGUUGCUUUGUUUUCAAAUUCAAGGUCAUGGCUGUCAUCACCACCAGACUCCCCCAGAGUCAUCAGCUUCUCUGGAGAACCAGAUGUUAGACCAUUCAGAAUCAUUCACCCUCGAUCCCCCCAUUCCUAUACUGUGACCUCCUUUAAAAGGAGGCACAUAAUGCUGUGUGCUAUAGGAUUAAAUCAGAAUAAGAAUCCUAAGGGCAGCUCUAAACUGGGCUUUUUAAAAGAGAAAAAAACAGGAAAAGACCUUGAAUUUGACUGCAACUGGAGUGGGCAGAAUCAGUUUGAUCUGUGGAAAAAUUGGGGGAGGGGGUUAGCUAAGGUUAUUUUGAGGCCAUGUUCAGUGAUUUUUAGAAAAUAACAAUUGAAAUGUAUUUCUUGUGUAUGGACUAGCUUUAUCCUUCAGUCUUAGCAGUGCUGCUAUAACAAACUUAAGUGUGAAGAAAAAAAAAAUAUGUUCUUUUCUUUUUAAAAAGUAUCUUUUGCUUGCUUAUAGUUAAUCCAAGAAAGGCAAUACUAAAGGUAUAUUUUUUUCAGAAUGCUAUUUUUUACUGCACUGAUAAAUAUUAUGACAACUCUGAUCUCUGUAACAGAUCAACUGUUCAGCUGUGGGUGGAACCAUAUGAAGGAUUCACACCAAUCUUGUAAAUACCACGUGUAGGUCUGUCAUCCAGAGGCUCCUUUUUCUUUAUUUAAAAAAAGCAAAUACAAAAACAGAAACAAAACUAAGGUUUCCUUUCUGAGACAGACGGGCAACCCUCUCAAAAGAGACUGGAGAGCAGCAGCCCUGAGGAAACCCGGCCAGGUUUGAGGACCCAGUUGCCGGUCUCAAGAGCCCAGGAGAGGGAAUCAUUAAUGCAGAGGCAUUUUGAUUUGAGUUGAAAGGUUACAUGAAGUUAGAAAAGUUUGAGGGCCAGAAUUCUGUCAGAUAUCUAUUAAACUGCUGUGGAACAUCCUUUGAAUACUUUUUUUUUCCAUUUGUUUUAACUUUUAAAAAUGAUUUCCCUGGCUCCAGGGUGGUUUGCCUCAAUCCUUGGGUAGUUUACAUGAAUUCCAGAAUCUUCAAGAACUCUGCCUCCAUUGGAAGCAAACCCAGCUGAUCAGAAUGCAGGAUCCUGGGUUGUUUCAGUAGGUAUUCUGGAAUUCUGAGGAUUUUUUUUUAGAAGGUUUUAGAUACAUUUAUCUUACACAAACUGUGACCUAGUGGCAAUAAAUUACCUCAAAUGUGGGCAUUCAUCCUGGUUUUAGCCUUUUUGAAAACAUGUAGCCAGCUUGAACUUGGGAUUAAAAAAAAAAAAAAAAAAGACUACAGACUCCAUAUGGGCUGGAAAUAAUGAUAAAUGCUCACCCUGGUCAUUGUUGCUUGAGUGAAUUCUGAAGAUAGUGAUUCUUUACAAUAAAAAAAUUAAACCAAGGAAUAGAUUACUGUGUGUGUUGUACUCAAAUGUGAUGUUAAAAUGCACAUGUACGUAUAUAUGUUCAUAGCUACUGUAACAUACUUUAGCCUUCUAGAAGAUAUUUAAAAGAGUCACGUUUUAAAUUAGUAUAAACUAAAUCAUCGACUGUGGAUAGUUACAGAUACCUGGCUACAUUUUAUAGUUAAGGUGUUUUCUAGUUUACAUUUAAACUGGUACUUUUAAAAGGAAAUUUUUGUUUGUUAAAUGACAUCUUCAAGCCCCCGGUGGUUUGUUUGCCUCUUUACUUUGAGGCCGUGUCCACAUGAGGCAAGCGUUUAUUAACCAUGCUGUGUUCCUUGGCCAAAUAUAAGUUUCCCCUUCUGUAUUCUUGGAUUCCAUGGGAUUCAGAGAAGGUAUCCAAAAGAAAGUCUUAGGGAAAGUGAAGGGGAAGAAGAUCCAAGAGCCCGGUUCUCAAGUUUUAUACCAUAUUUUUAGCUUCUGUAUUAAACUCUUCUCUGACGAGGAGAACAAACUGGCGCAGUGAGUUUUGUCUUCAAUGGAAUUCUUUGUCAUCACAAGUGUGGCCAUCAGCAGUCAGCCAGAAAUGAGAUCUGUGGACACUUAUUUCCCAGUUACCCUGCUGUAAUAUUGCAGAGCACAGGGGCUUGAAACAAAUAUUGAACAAAGGUUUUGUAAAAGGGGAGCAUCCUUUCCCCAGAUAGAAACUGAUAUCCACUCCCAUGUUCACUGGCUAAUUCUUUCCCAAAGGUAUAUUUCUGUCCUGUAUACCCAGCCCUUCAUUUUGUUCUUUGAAAACAGGCAAGAAGUGUCAAAGUAGCUCUUUUAGUUUUGCUUUGGUUGUCUAACUUAGUAUUUAAGAAGCAUAAAACCCUGUUUAGCCAAGAAACCCCCAGUGAAGACUGGGGGAUGUGUAGAGACUUGAGUGAGCAAAUAGGAACAGAUAACAAGAAGAAAACUUGGAGGAUUGUAGGAGCUUUUAGUAAAUCUGUGAUCCUACUAGUAAUAAAAGAUAUUUAUAAUGAUACUAAAGACUCUUCAAAGGGAGGGAUAGAAUGUAUAGUUCAUAACUCAUCGAUGAGUCAGAUUAUUAGAACUCUGGAUUCCCUCUCUUAAUUAAUCCCUCCUAGAAGAUUUUGAUGAUUUUUCUUUGUCUUUUAUUUCCUUCUUGACAGUCAUUCUGGAAAGAUAGUGCUGUGAUUUAAAUCUUAUCCCUUAGCAGGUAAUACCUAUUUAAAAUUUUUAAAAAGUUUUUAUCCAGACCUAGGGAACUGAAAAGAAUAAAAAUGCAUUUACUGUUCCCUUGUAAGCUGCAUUUGAUUAUAUAUUUUUAUUACUAUUUGCUUGCUAUGAAUUCUGAUGUAAAAAAAAAAAAAAAUCACUUUCUCUCUUGAUUGUACCCCUGAUUUGGUUUGGUUCUGAUUUGUUUUCCUUUUAGUAACCAAAUGAAUUUUAUGUCAAUGGCUUUGGGGCUCAGCCAUGUUCUUGAGACUAAAAGUACAGAAAGUGGUAUAGCUCUUCUCCCCUCCCCUUUUAAAACAAAGUCCUUUGAAGGAAGGGCUCUGCCAUACCUCUUUGGGCACUGCCAGCUAAACUUUUUGUUCGCUGUCCAUUAUUGGCAUUGCUAUCCCCAGUGACCCCAGCUGCUAACUAAAUUCCUGGGAAGUUAUCAAUACCGGGCAGUUUGCCAUCCCAUAACUAAACUGAAAUAGGACCAUUCCAAUUUCGGCUCCUGCCUCAUCCUGUGCCAGGUUGACUCAAUUAGUUGCCCCAGAUGCAGAUCAAGGGCUCAAAGAAGCCUUUACAACCCAUCACUCUUUAUAUCCAAUCAAAAUCUUGGAUAAACUCACUCACUUGUCCCUAAGAUGAGUGGGCUUACCUAGCUGUUAGUUAUACAAAGAAUUUCUUUUUAAAUUACUGUUUGAAUAGCUUGGCUCAGGUUAUAGGAAGGAUUUGCAAAAUGAAAAGGAAUUUGAUUCAAAUGUUAACCAUAUUCAUCCUUGAGAGAUUUCCUUAACUUCCAAUGGUUACAUGAAGUACUCCAGCCCUACAAAAGCAAAUGACUUUCUUUUCAAAAUUUCUAAUUUUAGUAAUUACCCACAAUACCCCAACCUUUAUAUUGCUCAUUUCAAGGAUUCUUCAUGGAUUAUCCAGGACACAAUCAUAUUAGGCCCCAAGGCAUCUCCUUAUCCUCCGCAUGUUUUUGUUUUAUUUUGUUUUUAACCAAAUAAAGUAGAAAAGGAAGUUACACUUUGGGGCAGCAGAAUUUCUAGUUCGGUAGAAUCACUGUAUAGCCUUUAUAUCUCCAUAUAUGUCUGUAUGUUUGCAUAUAGAUAUAGAUGUUGAUAUAUGUGUGUGUGUGUGUGUGUAUAUAUAUAAAUAUAUAUCAAACCAAAUUCUGAUAGGAGAAAAGUAUAGCUUUAUGACUAAGGAGAAAGAGGCAUUUUUAAAGUUAGAAUUAGACUUGGACUAUUUAAAGGAAAAAAAAAAAAAAAAACAUCACCACCAUGAAAUAUGUUACAGGCUGCAUCAGUAACACAUGCAAGGAGACCAGACAUGACUAACAGUUUGCUCCACUUUUUCAAGUGGUCCUAAAGGGUAGGAAUGGUGUUUCCAGAUCCCCAGCACUUGAGGGGAUAUGUAGGUGGGCAGCAGCCAAUCGUAAUAACUGAUCUUCCCAUUACAUCUAUUUUGAUCUGAUGAUUAGCCUCUUACAUGGUAUCAUGUUUCCAAAAAUGGAAUCUAUUAGGAGGAAAAGAGGAAGGGCCUAGAGAAAUGCUUACCUUUCAACUGCCCAUGAAUCCAAGCUACUCUGGAAAGAUUCACUCCCCAGAAUGGUAACAGGGAAGAGGAGAAACUGAUGUUCUAUCACCAACUCAAGAAAAAAUGGCUCCCUCCCCAUUGCUAUCUCACAUAGAUCUUUCUCUACAGUGUCAUCUCAGCUCAGUAACCCUAUAAAAGCCCUGGUCUAUUGUGUUCCUUCACUGUAUGGUUUCUGUAAUAAAAGUGUUAAUCCAUGUUAAUCUUUGUGAAAAAUUAUUGCGUGCAACAGUAUUUUCUUGUGUACCUCUUUUUCCUAUGUGAAUUGUCCUUCUUUUUUCUUUACUUAUAAAUGUCUACUUUUUUUUUUUAAGACAAACCAAUGUGUUGUAGACCUAUAUGUAACCUAUUCCUUAGUCUCAUAUUAUAGGUAUAAGAAUGGAUAUUUUACUUGGCUUUAGAAUGUUUUACAAGAAAAUUAAUUCUUAACCGAUCAAGUUCUUGCUACUAAAAAAUGCUUGUGUUUUUCAUCAUGACGUCGUGUGCUUCUAAAUUAAUAAUCAUUUUCGUUGUAGAAAAAUGGAGUGAAUUUAUAUUAGUCUUGGAAACUAAUAAUAGCAUUGUAAAUUUAUGAGAUGAUUUUAACAGAAAAAAAUUAUAGAAGAAUAUAGUUAUUUUAAUUGUAAUAUUACUAACUGUAGGGUGAGAAAGGGGGUCCCAUUGUGGUGAACUAUGUUAUAGCUUGUUACUCACAGUUUCUUUUUGAUCAUUUUUUCGGUCUCUGAGGUGAAACGAGUUAUUAAUUGAAAUUUGUAAACUCACAUAUGCAUAUUGUAUAUGUGUAGAAAUGUAAUCACACUUUGUCUUGGAAUUACAUUAAACUGUUUGAAAUCACUGCA